CAGCAGCGAGCUCGAAGCCUCGAACUUGGCCAUGGAGAUCAGCACGGGCACGCCACGGUUCACCAGCUAUACCCUGCUGACCCCUCGUUCCCGCAUCCCCUACUGCAUCAGACUCCGAUCUCUCCUCCACGGCUCCAUGAGAUCAUCGGCGCCGAGGUUGCAGCAUCCAUUGCGUUGUAUCUCACGCAAGGCUGCAGCAUCCGAUGGCGACAACCGUACUAAUGUCGUCGACCGCCGCGACGUGCUCCUCGGCCUCGGCGCCGGCGCCGCGGCAGCCAUCGGCGCGCCGCGACGCGCUCUGGCCGCGCCCAUCAAGGCGCCGGACCUCCGCGACUGCCACGCGCCCGAGGACCUCCCGGAGGCCAUCACGGGCGCCACCAACUGCUGCCCGACUUACGACGGCACCGGCAUCGUCGACUUCGAGCUCCCGGUCUCUGCCGGGAGCUCGCCGGUAACCCGUGUCCGGCCCGCGGCGCAGCUGGUGGACGCGGAGUACGUGGCGAAAUACGAGAAGGCCAUCAGGCUCAUGAAGGAUCUCCCCGCCGAUGACCCCCGGAGCUUCGAGCAGCAGUGGCGCGUGCACUGCGCCUACUGCGACGGCGCCUACGACCAGGCCGGCUUCCCGGACCUCGAGAUCCAGAUCCACAACUGCUGGCUCUUCUUCCCCUGGCACAGGUUUUAUUUGUACUUCCACGAGCGGAUCCUGGGGAAGCUCCUCGGGGACGACAGCUUCGCGCUGCCCUUCUGGAACUGGGACGCCCCGGCCGGCAUGGCCCUGCCGUCCAUCUACAACGUGUCAUCUUCAUCCCCGCUCUACGACCCGAAGCGGAACCCCGCGCACCAGCCGCCGUUCCUUCUCGGCCUCGACUACAGCGGCACCGACGACGACGCCAGCGGCAUCUCCAGAGACAACCAGAUUGAUGAGAACCUCAGGAUCAUGUACCGGCAGAUGGUGUCCAACGCCAAGAAGCCGCAGCUGUUCCUGGGCCAGCCGUACCGCGCCGGGGACGACGCCGACCCCGGCGCGGGCUCCAUCGAGAACGUGCCCCACGGCAUCGUGCACUUCUGGACGGGCGACCCGAGGGAGGCCAACCAGGAGGACAUGGGCAACUUCUAUUCCGCGGCGCGCGACCCGGUCUUCUUCGCGCACCACGCCAACAUCGACCGCCUCUGGCACGUCUGGCGCAGCCAGAUACACAACAACAACAAUGGCGGCUUCGAUUUCGCGGACCCGGAAUGGCUGGACGCGGCGUUCUUGUUCUACGACGAGGAGGCCCGGCUGGUGCGCGUCCGGGUCCGCGACUGCCUGGACAUGGCGUCCCUGGGUUACGCGUACCAGGAGGUGCCCCUGCCGUGGCUCGACGCGCGGCCGACGAAGCCGGCGUCCCCUGGCACGCCUGCGCGCGCUCUGGACGCGCUCCCGGCCACGCUGGACAAGACGGUGCGCGUGGCCGUGGCGCGGCCUCGGGCUUCCAGGAGCGCGAAGGAGAAGGAGGAACAGGAGGAAGUGGUUGUCGUGGAGGGGAUCCAGGUGUCCGAUUGCUCCAGGUUCGUCAAGUUCGACGUGCUCGUGAACGUGCCGGACGGCGACGCCGAGAGCGGCAUGGGCGCGGCGUACUGCGCCGGGAGCGUCGCGCUGACGCCGCACGCGGAGAAGAGGAAGGAGAAGGGAGCGAUGAUGAAGACGGUUGCGAGGUUCGGGGUUUGUGAUUUGUUGGAGAACAUUGGGGCCGAUGGGGAUGAGAUGGUCGUUGUUUCGCUUGUCCCGAGGUGCGGCGGCGAGCUCGUCACCAUCGGCGGCGUCAGCAUCGGCUACGCCAAGUGAAGCAUAUCGCAUGGAUACUGAUACUACAGCAUAUACAACAUCGCAUUGGAACCAGAACUAUAUAGCUAGACAUGUAUGUAUCUACGUACUCUAUUCUGUGUGCCUGUAUUUGCACACGCUCGCACAACGUACGUAUGUGUAUUGUGUAUAGUGAUGAUUAAAUUCUGAGUGCUCUAUACUCGAUCGGUGCUUUCCUCACAAAAAGGUUAUCUACUAUAGCUCGUUGUCCUGCUUAA